GAAUUACACAGCGGGGCUGGACUCAAAAGCGUGGACCUCAAAAGAGAGUCGAUCUGAAGGGGGAGGCGCGUGUUUAAAAGGGAGAGGUCCAUCCCGAACGGUCGCAUUUCUAAACUUUCAAACACCGUUAAACAAGACGACGAACCGGACUGCGAAUUUUGUGCUUCGAAACUUGGCGUCGCAUUUAACUGCAGAAUCUACGAAGAUGGAAACCACGACAUCAACUGUAACCUCAAGUAGAAACAUCUCUCAAUGUGCGCUGUCUCUCAGGCUUUCGGGCAGUCACGUCGCGCUGCGUGCAUCCAGCCUGGACAGCUCUGCACCGGGUCAGCACCAAAGUUUGUCCACACUUCUGAAAAAACAGCGCUCCGGUUCCCCGCAGCUUUUCCGCUGCAAAAAGAGGACAAACGUUACUGUACUAAACUUUCCGUACUCCCAGCAACAACAGCUCCCUUCUUCUGUGGUCAGACGGAACGAGCGAGAGAGAAACCGAGUGAGGCAGGUGAAUGCAGGCUUCCAGACUCUGCGUCAGCACGUACCCAGCGGGGCCGCCAGCAACGGGAAGCUAAGCAAAGUGGAGACGCUCCGCUCGGCCGUGGAGUAUAUUCGAGCCCUCCAGCAUCUCUUGGACGAGAACGACGCGGUUUCCGCGGUGUUUCAGGGUUGGAGCGUUCCGUCCCCCUCCGUUACCGUAUCAAGCACCUGCUCAGCGGGACCGGAGUCUCCCCUAUCCACCUCCUCUUCCUCGGAGGAAGGCGGUAACCACGAACACCUGGGAUCCGAGGAACACGACCUUCUACAUUUCUCCACCUGGUCCAACAGGUGCUGAAACACAGCGUCUUAAAGAGAUACAUUGGUUACACCCACUACAGGGGGAAUAAGACGUUCAUGCAGCGGUGCUUCAUACGGAGGUCAGAAACACGCAGUAAACAAAUGGGACCACGUCACGAGACCAGCGGACAUUAUUUGUUGAGAUUUCCUAGGAUGAACCUUGAUCCGCUCUGGAUAAGAGCGUCUGAUAAAUGACUAAAUGUAAAUCCUUAAUUACAUCAGAUACUUGGUUUGUAAAAUAUGCACUUGGUCCAUUCCGUUUUAAACAAAUAUGUAAAUAUGCGAUUUCAGAGGUUAUUUUUUGUACUUUUAUACAACGUAGGUUUAAUAAAGUUUUU